UAAAACUCUGACCAUGCUUUUAGAGAAACGUCAGAUCUGCUCUGUGGAGGAGAGAAGUAUUAAACAGAGGUAAACAGCUUAAGGUAAAUCCUUAGGCACAGAUCUAGGAUCAACUCUGAUUUCUAACAAAAACUGACCUCAGAUCAGUGUCUAGAAGCAACUUCUUCCUACUUUGAGAUCUCAUCUGUCUCAGCAUCUUUCUUUGGAUUACUGGACAACUAUAACUAACUCUGGGUUUGCCGGUGUUAACCCUUAGACAACUAUAACUAACACUGGGUUCGCUGGUGUUAACCCCUGGAAAACUAUAACUAACCCUGGGUUAGCUGGUGUUAAACCUUGGACUGCAUGGCUGCUGUGGGAAAGAGAUGAUGAUUGACUAUGAGUGUCCCUCUCCAUUAGCCUGUGUGCCGGCCGGGAGGAGUGUGUGUGAGAGUGUGUUAGCACCACACACACACGCAGCACACACACACACUCUAACGGCCAUGCCCCAGAGAUACUCCUACCAGAAGAGGAAAGCCAGCACGGCAGCAGCUCGGAGGAUGGAGAGGCGAGGCAGGGACUCUGGGAAGACCAACAACACCAACACUAGCCACAGCCACCGCUCCAAGAAGCUAGCCAUGCUCUCCAGGUCCCUGAUCCUCUGUCACUCCAGGGCCAGUGAUGACUGCCCCAGCCCCGAAGAGAGACCGCCAGGGGAGGGCUGGGAGGGAGACGGGGGCUUGGGCAGAGAUGGGAAGGGGGACAGGGAGGUGGAGAGGUCCCGGAAGAAGAUCCAGGAAGGACCCCAGGAGAGUGGAGGAACUAUGCAGGCAUCUACACAGCCACCCAUAGGGACCACCAACACACUCAGGGCUACAGGAGAACACAAGAGGAAUAUGAGGAGGUCCUUCAGUAUCAAGGAGAGCAGUAUCUGGAGGAUGUGUGUAACUACGGGGGCGGGUAAGGAGGGUCUGGGCCGGCAGACUGGCGAUAGCAGCCCCCAGACGGAGGACAAAGAACCCAGUGUGGAGCGAGGGGGGAAGGGAGGAGGAGAUGGACACAGUUACCUUCAGAGUACAGACAAGCUUGCACCUUUAAACGGACAGUGUCUGAACGGCCAUGCCAGGACAGAGGGGGAGAGGCAGGCCAAGAACGGCCAUGCUGCAAGGACAGAGGGGGAGGGAGGGAGGCAGACCGCCUCCAGGAACAGUCACAUAACAGCCUACAGUGAGGAAAGCUCAACAUGUGAGCAGCAGCCCCAGUCCCCUGGAGGUCUAACCCUGGCCCCUCUGCACUCGGCCCCUCUGUGCCUGGCAGACCCCCUGGCAGUGACCAACUACACAGAGACAAAACACACUGGGAACAACAACCACCUCAAGCUGGCAAUCCCAGAGGUGAAUGAGGACAGAGGUUGGGACAUAGAGAGGAGAGGACAUGGUCUUCAGGGACAGACGGUCUGCAAGAGGACCCGCUCCAACUCUACCAGUGUCCAUCCAUACUGGAUUGGAGACCUGGACACCAUUAUGCUGAAGACGCCUGAGCUUUGCGGGAGCAACACCCACGGAACCGUCGGUUUCUUUGGCAGCAGGAAGUCCCAGUCCCAGCAGCUGGAGUUUCCUCACAUCCCCAACCAGCCCGUUCCCCAUCCCUCUCGCUCUCUUAGCUCAGCCCAUCUGGUCCAUUCCUGCAGUAACGUCCAAGCCUUCAUCAUCUGUAACAUCGUGCUGAUGAAGGGCCAUGGCAAGGGUCUGGGGUUCAGCAUUGUGGGGGGCAGGGACAGCAUGUACGGACCCAUGGGUAUCUACGUCAAGACCAUCUUCGCUGGAGGGGCUGCGGCUGCAGAUGGCAGACUACAGGAGGGGGAUGAGAUCCUGGAGUUGAAUGGCGAGUCUCUACAUGGACUAACUCAUGAGGAUGCACUACAGAGAUUCAAACAGAUAAAGAAGGGUCUGUUGACUCUGGUGGUGAGGACCAGCCUGCGUGUCGGCGCCCUCUGUGGCCAGGCAGCGGUAGCACAGCUGUGUCGGUCUCGCUCUCUCAGCUCCAGUACUGGCAUGGCCCGGGUCAGCACUGAUAUGGGGGACUACAACUACCUCAGCGGUGUCACCGCCGCCAACACACACACCAACACCGUACCUCAGCCGCCUUUGGCCAAACCCCGAGAUCGUGUCAUGAUGGAGAUCACCUUGCACAAAGAGGCUGGUGUGGGGCUGGGCAUUGGGCUGUGUUGCGUGCCGUCUGGAGAUGGUUGCCGUGGCGUCUAUAUCCACACCCUCUCCCCUGGGUCGGUGGCACACAUGGACAGUAGACUCAGAUGUGGAGAUGAGAUUAUGGAGAUCAACAACACAGUGGUGUACAACAUGGUCCUGAACGAUGUGUACACGGUUCUGAGUCAGUGUUCCCCCGGGCCGGUCCAGAUCAUCAUCAGUCGACACCCCGACCCCAAAGUGUCAGAGCAGCAGCUGAACGAUGCCAUAGCCCAGGCUGUAGAGACCAGCCAACUGAAGCAGGACGCCAGUCAGUGGAGUAUAGACGGUCUGCGUAGGUCUGACCCCUGCUCCCACUCCAGAGGGAAGUGUGAGCGCUGUGUGGCGAGGGGCUUCAGCCAACUGACUGCCCGGCGGACCCAGAAGAACAUGACCCGCUCCUGUAGUGACAGCAACACAUACAACCAGAACCACCAUCAUAACCAUCAGCACAACCGCUGCCCUGGACCAGGAACCAACCUAGUUAAUGGUCAAACCCUGACUAUACCCAACCACAACCACAACACACACCAUAAUCUGAUGGAAAGGGUCCACAGCCUCGACAUCCCCAUGGGGUCCACGCCUGAGCCCUGGUGUGAUAACAGACUGUCUGCAUUGGUCUACCCUGUUCCUGAUGAUGACUACAACGUCCCCUACAACUCCCCAGCAGCCAACCUCUCCAGCCAGCGCACAUUAGACCUGGCCACAAGGGGAAAUAAGAACAGGCCCAAAGCCCUGACACCUCCAAGGAGGUACUGCAGACACCAAGACGUCACUAGUGAGGAGGGGGCCCCUGGGGGCCUGCCAGACUCCAAUGUUUCCAGUAGAGGCUCCCCUGUUAGAGAGGACGGAUGGAGUCCCACACAUACCAACUGUCAGGAAGUCGAGAGUGAGAGAGAAAGAGAGAGAGAAAGAGAGAGAGAACACUCAGGGGGAAGUGGAGAGACUCUCACCCACUCAGAGGCUCGCUCUGCUGCCAUCACUGACUGCCCUCGAUACUCAUCCUGCACAGAAGACAGACUACACACAGGUGCUGAAUCUGCCUUCCUCCUCUGCUCCCAGAGUAAGAGGCCAGGCCUGAGGAGGCAGGGCCGCAUGGAGCAGCUCCCCCCAGAAAAGCUUCACGACCCCUGGGUUAGGAUCUCCGACAGCGCCCCUGAUCUUGGAAGUCCUGAAGACCCCCAUCAGAACCAGAGUCUGACUCAUCCAAGCACACACCGUCACAACGCACACUCCCACAGUAACCAACAACAAACACACCAUCUCAGCUCACACCACGACGCUACACACACUCCAUCACAAACCGACAGACACCCCAACGACACACACUCCCCAGUCGCCAUGAGCCAACCGAGUGAGUUUCCCGAGCUUCCUGAACUGAACUGUACUUCCACCCACCACACCGCCCCAGACCCCACCACCCCCUCCACCCCUGCCUCCCUAAUCUCCACCCCCAGCCCAAGGACUGAGGACCCCCUAGGGAUGAGGAAGGGCCCCCCAGUUGCCCCCAAGCCUGUGUGGAACCGUCAGAGCCUCAGGAGUAUUAGGAAUGGGAGGCCCCAGGCUGAGAUGGCCAAACCCCUGGACAUCAGAGGCGGUGGAACCACCUUCGGGGUACGUCUGCGGCCCACCUCCUCUGCAGCCCAGCUGUCAAUCAAGCAGAAGAUCCAUUCAUUUGAGACCUUCUCUAGUCCUGAGGGUAAGGGUCAGGAGACGGAGGGCAACAACAGGAGGCCCCUAGCCCCCUCCACUUCCCUCCCUUUGAAGGACAAGGCACCCGUCAGGAGUGACCCCCCUCUCUUAGAGGAGAAUGGCACAAUCCAACAUGACAUGGGCAAAGGAGCCAAAGUGACCUCUCCAAUCCUUGACAAGGACAAGGACAGGAGGAUGUCCUCUUUUCCCCCUGCAGCCUCUCCUCACUCCAUCCUUCCGCCCUCUCCUGCCUCCCACCCUUCUCCUCCUACCUGCUUUUCUCUUCUUCCGACCCCACACCCUACCUCGGAGCUCCAGACCCCAGUGGAAGAGACAACAGACCCCAAUGCAGAGAUCUCUGACUCGCCAUCCCCCGAGGACACCACCACCACCCCAUCCACCCUAGAGGCAACUCUCCCCGAGGCCGAACCAGAAACAGAGCCCCUUGAUGGGGCUGUAGAGGCCUCCAUCUCCCCCUCCGGCCCGGUGCCCAGGAGGUCCAGCAGCUCCAAAGGAGAGAGCUUUGGUCCACUACAACUACCAGAGGAGGGGGAGGGAGACCAGAGCCAUGCCCAGGCUCAGGGCAAGCAGGCCAGCCUGCGGACGCGUAGCCUGCCCCUGCCUGCCUCUCCCUCCCCGGAUGGGUCAACAACUCUAAGAGGACUGGAGGGAGAGAGUCUGGGGAAGAUACUUUCCUUCAGUAACCAGGUUUCCCAUGCCCUGAUGCGUUCCAUGCACUCCCUGCUCCCCUCCAACUGUCCUACUAGUCCGGGUAACCCCGGGUCAGACCCACCCCCUGCAUCCCCUCUAGUUUGCAGCCCGGAGGAGCCCGACCCGGCCCAGAACACCCCCCUCUCCCCUGGCCCCGACAGCAAUGAGAAUAGCUUCUCUGUCAGCCUCUCUGAUCUGAGGCAGUGUACCAUUGAGUGGGGGGAGGAGGGAGGGGACCUGGUCUCACGCCCAUCUCCGUCAGCAUGUGCCCACUCUGUUAUCUCAGCCAUCCCUCCACAGGAAAUACAGACCAUGAUCCAGGAAGUGAAAGCUCUGGAUGAGGAAACACUGAAGCAAUUUGAGCACAUCCAAGUGGUGAUUCUGCACAAGGAGGAAGGAGCAGGUCUGGGUUUCAGCAUUGCAGGUGGGAUAGACCUGGAGAGCAAGGCCACCACAGUGCAUCGUGUUUUCCCCCACGGCCUGGCGGCUCAAGAGGGGACCGUGGAGAAGGGUGACGAAGUGCUCUCCAUCAACGGCCAGACACUAAGGGGUGCGACACACGCGGACGCCACCGCCACGCUGCGCCAGGCCCGCACCAUGAGACUGGCCGUGGUGGUGGUGAGCAAGGGGAGAGAGGGAGGAGGAGGAGGAGGGAACAAGACUGAUAAUUCCUCUGUCAGCAGUAGCAGUACAGACCUCAACCCCACAGUGGAGGAUGGGGGAGCCUUGCUGACUGUGGAGCUGGAGACAGGAGGAGGGGGCGUGGGCUUCAGUUUGGAUGGAGGGAAAGGCUCUAUCCAUGGAGACAGGCCACUGGUCAUCAACAGGAUAUUUAAAGGUGGUGCUGCGGAGCAGAGCGGGUUGCAGUCUGGCGAUGAGCUGCUGCAGGUCCAGAGCACCUCCCUCCAGGAGCUGAGCCGCUUCGAGGCCUGGAACAUCGUCAAGGCUCUGCCUGAGGGGCAUAUCACUCUAGUCAUCCGGAGAAGGAAGGAGGAUGAGGCAGAAGGGUCUGCCUGAGGGACAUCUCACUGUAGUUAACAGGAGGAGGAAGGAGGAUGAGGCAGAACGGUCUGCCUGAGGGACAUCUCACUGUAGUUAACAGGAGGGGGAAGGAGGAUGAGGCAGAAGGGUCUGCCUGAGGGACAUCUCACUGUAGUUAACAGGAGGGGGAAGGAGGAUGAGGCAGAACGGUCUGCCUGAGGGACAUCUCACUGUAGUUAACAGGAGGGGGAAGGAGGAGGAGACUGAGGAGUUACCCCUAGACACUGAUUUCAGGUCAGUUUAUACUGUUUACACUUAAUUGAUCUCCAGAUACCAUAGGUCCCUGACUACCUACGGAGGUAGUCAGAAAGAUCUGAUCACAAUUACACUUCCUUAAAAAUGUGGGCACAAUCAGAAUGUUGACAAGAUCAGGACAAAUGACUCAUGUUAGCACCAGCUAUAAACGGGGCUAUUGAUUCUCAAGAUUUGACCACAUAUUGAUUGUGGCCACAUUUAUAGACAGGUGUCCGCAAUUAAAAUACCUAUUGUGAUUACAUUGUGAUCAGAUCUUCCUGAUCACCACCGGAGGUAGUCAGGCACACAUGUUGUCUGGAUAUCUUCCAAGUGUAGACGGAUGUGGACAGGGAAACCAUUUAAAUCAUCAUUAUCCCUCUAAAAUCAUUGACAGGUGGCGCCAUCGUCUUAUGGCAUCUAUAUGUGUCUUUAAAUAAAGAAAAUACAUAUUAUUUUGAAAUAAUAUCUGUCGAAUAAUUUGCAUAAAGGGAGGGACCAGUAAAUCUUGGUCACAAUGCGGACACAGAGGACGGAUAAGAUACACAUUUUAAUACAAUGUGUAGAUGCAAUGGCAAAAAUGUGGCCGCAAUCAGAAUGUGGACAACAGCCUUGAUUCAAUUCGUAUCGCUGAAGUUUAGCAUUAUAGCGUGAUUGAAAAUUAAAGGUAAUUUCCGAUUGAGCCGACAUGAAUUUACUGUGAAUGCAGUCUCCACGAACACAGGAACGUUGCCUUUAUAUUUCAAUCACACUGAAAUGCAGGUCUUCAGCGCUACUGAUUGAAUAGAGCCCGAGAUCAGAGUUAGCACCAGGUAUAAACAGGGCCAACUAGAACACAAAUCAACCACAAGCCAUCAUAUAAUUUCAUAUGAGCACUAUUAACAUACUGUAGUUAUGAAUAUAAUAUCUAUAUUCUACAUCAAAUCAUAUUGCAAUGACAAUCAGGGACUGUUACUGUAGAGAGAGGUGAGUUUACAGGUGCUUUGCUCUGACUACCUUCCUACACCCAGAACUUCUAGACCAGGGACCACAGUGAGUUUGAGAUUUGCACAGAUAUACAGUAUUUACAUGAAGGAAGAGAGAGACAUUCCAUUGCUUUUGACUGUUAGAAAUAGUGUACAAUACUGUAAUGUAGUCCAAAAGAGUAUGAUACUGAUACAAAAUAUUUAAAAUGGGAUCUGCAUUUUUCAUGGAAUUGUGGUAUUGUGCUUGAUGUUGGAAUCAUUAUUUAGACCAAAGACUAUGAGUUGGAUUCAAUUCAUAUCGCGGAAGAUCAGCAUCAAAAGGUAAAGUUAAUUUCCGUUUACCAUGAAUGCAGUCUCCGCGACCGCGGGAACAUUGUCUUUAAUUGUCAAUCGCCCUAUAAAGCGGAUCUUCAGAGCUACGGAUUUAAUAGAGCCCUUAGUUCAUUUAUUAGAUGACAAUGGGAGAAUCUCAAUUGCAAACUCCUCGCGUCCUCUCUCCUUUUCAAAACCCAUUGGAUGAGAAAGCCAGAGGUCCCGCCCCUCUGACCCUUCUCCUCCAAUUGGUUUUGAGGAGGCCAGGCGAGAGGACGCGAGGAGUGUCUAAUUGAGAUUCUCCUUCUGGGUGAAACCAAAGAUAUAACUAAACCGGAGCACAUUUUCACCUUGUUUUCUCUCCUAGUUUGAUAUUAAGGAAAACACAGGGUGUGAACAUUUUGUACUAAAAUCUAUUAGAAUAUAGAUAUUUAAAACUCUGUAUAUUGGUACUAAAGCUUUAUCAUAAUAUACAUUAUACUAAUAAAACAAUUUAACCCAA